GAAGAGAGUGAAGUGAGGAGUUUCCUUGAAUGUCUGCCUUAUAUCUCACAGCUCAGUUUUUUUACUUUAUGGGCAGAUGAAGGAGGAAGGUUUUUUGGGAAUCUGUUCUGUGCAGCAGUAGAGAGAGAAGAGCAGACAGGAGAGAAGAUACUGGAGCUGUUAUCAUCAGUGUGCACAUAUCCAACAUUCCCUGUUAAUGACACAUAUAUAGAUCUUCAAUAUCAGUGUGAUUUCCUGUUGGAUCUGUACUCCCAUGUGAAGGACCGUGAGACUAAAACAGGCUUGAGUGUCCUUCCAUCAUUACAGUCAGUUUUCCAGUCAGCUCCUGCAGUCUGGUUCAUAAACCUCUCAAUAAGAAAGACCUCCAUCCUCCUGGAAGUGCUGAAACUCCAACUAGAGAAGAAACAAGUGGAGCUGACAGGCUGCUCACAUGAAGAGAGUGAAGUGAGGAGUUUCCUGCAGUGUCUGCCUUAUAUCUCACAGCUCAGGCUUUCCAUCGACAUGUCCUUGCUCCUGUUUCAGUGGGUAAGAAGAGGCAGAGUGGUCUGUCCACUGGCUGUUGAAGAGCUUUCUCUUGUGCCUAAGAAAGCCCGACCAUCACAGAGAGUAAUGUUGAGGGCUGUCAGUAGUUUGGCUUCCCUGCUGAGAUACUGGACAGUCGGACGGUUAGACCUGACUGAGACCUGCAUCCCUGCUCAGGGUCUCAUUACACUGUUGCUCCAUGAUGGUCCUCUAACAGUCAAACUGAGUGAAGAGAGCUUCCAGCAGCUUUUGUGUCUCCUCCAUGAAAUCCAGGACAAGGACUUGACGUUGUCCUUCUUCAGUAAGGUUGGUGGAGACCUGACCUCCUGCUGUCUGAACUGGGAGCUUCUUCACUAUCUGCUGCAGCAGUCGUCAGCUCAGACCAUCACUGUGGACCUGAGGAAGAACCUCUUCUUACAGGAGGAAACCACACGUCUGCUUCCCUUUCUGGACAGGAUUGUGUUUAAAAGGCCCAGUCCCAGCUUUGUGCUGAGCUCCAUCAGAGAGCUCUACAGAGCUCAUGACAGUCACGCUGUACCCAGUUUACUGAGGUCACUUGGUCAUGUGAUCAACCUGAGCAGCAGAGAGCUGGACUCAGUGGACUGUGCUGCUCUGAUCUUCAUCCUCAAACAUGGAGACGGAGUCAAACUGAACCUCCUGUGGACCUCCAUACCAGCAGAGGGAGUAGAGUCCAUCCUCUUCAUGCUGGACAAAGUUUCUCAUCUCAGUGUUGACAGGAAUCAGCUGCUGAGGUUCAUCCACUGCUGUGCUGCCUGUGACGUUCAGCAGGAGGCAGCGUCAGGCCUGCUGAGGACUCUGCAGCACAGCUUGGAUCUGUCCUGCUCCUCCUGUGUGGAGCUACCAGAGGAGGAUCAGCCUGAGCCUCUGAGUCUGACCGCUGAUGACUGCAGGGCCGUCUCCACCAUCCUGACACACAGCAGCCGAGACACACAGCUCGACCUGCGAGACUGUGAGGUGGAGGACAGCGUGCUGGACCUGCUGUUUCCUGUCCUCCACAGGGUCCGCCUCAGAGUCAGUAAAACUGUCCUCCUCCAGCUGCUGUCUCUGGUUCCUGAGAACAGUGAGAGGGACACAGUGAGGCGGGCGGUGUCCCUGUGUGGAGCCCUGGGUGGAGAGCUGGAUCUCAGUCACAGCACGCUGGAUCAGAGGGCCUGUGGGGCUUUGGUCCAGAUGCUGGACUCGUGUGAAGGGCUGACAGAGCUGGACCUCAGUCACUGUCAGCUCACUGACCAGCUGCUGCUCCCUCUCAUCACACAUCUGCACAAAGUCCAAGUGCUGGAUCUGAGUCACAAUCAGAUCACUGAUGCUUCGACUGAUGCGUUGCUCCAGCUGCUCUCCAUCAACCCCUCCAUCGACUGUGUGCGACUUUACAGCAACAACAUCGUCGACAGAGCAGCUUUCAAGGAACACAAGCAGUUUGAGAUCUGGUGAAGCACUCGUCAUCAUCAUCGUCAUGAACAUCAUCGUCAUCAUCAUCAUCAUCAGGGAUUCACUGGUUUCCUCUGUUCUUGUCAUCAUUGCAUGAAAAUAUUGGGUGGAGUGGGAGCACUGAUACUGUGAGUUUUG